UAUCUUGCGCAGAUUAUGGCUCGUUUUCUCAAUAUUCAUUGGACAAAGACGUAUAUCGACAGUCGGUUCCAACGAAUUCGUUUCACUUGUUUUCGUAAUACAAUGAUUCGAAGAGGGGAAAGGGUUAAAAGACCCAACGGUCGCUUCUGAGGGACUUCCCGGCCGCGAUCAAUUUUUCGUUUAAAACCGGCGCUCUUUCACGAUUCUCAAUCAGUUAUACUUUUAACCACGAGCUAACACGUCGUCGAGCAUUAUGAAAUCGCCUAUUUUUUUCAUACUUAUAUUCUACGGUCUAACAUUGCUCGUGCCGAUCGAAAAUGUUGACGGUGUGCCUCUCUCCUGGGGGAAUUUUAAAAACGAUUCUGUGAUUCCAAACAUAGUGAGUAGAAAGGAAUGGGGAGCCAGACCACCGGUGGAACAAGUCCUAUUGGAAGUGACCCCAACUCCGUAUGUGGUCAUUCAUCACGGAGGCAUUGCUAAAUACUGUUACGACAAAGCAGCCUGUUCCGAGAUUGUAAGAAGCUACCAAAAUUACCAUUUGGAUGGCCAAGGCUGGUUCGAUAUUGGUUACAAUUUUGUCAUCGGCGAGGAUGGAAACGUUUACGAAGGGCGAGGCUGGAAUUAUGUCGGAGCGCAUGCACCUGGUUACAACACCCAGAGCAUUGGAAUAUGUAUCAUUGGUGAUUUCAGUGAUUUCUUACCCAGCGAAGUAGCUUUAAAGGCAGUGAACACUUUGGUCGAUUACGGAGUGUCUCUUGGCAAAAUCAGCGAAGAUUAUCGCAUCAUUGGUCACCGACAAGUCAGAAAUACCGUGUGUCCGGGCGAGGUGCUUUACAGAUACCUGCAAACCCAUCUACGAUGGACUUGCUGUCCCGUACCAAGGAAUGCGGCGAAAUUCUCUAUGAUCGCGGAAUACGCGAAUAAUGGUACGUAUUUCAUGCAGAAAUCUGUGAAGAGCUAUAUGAAGUUAUUCUUGUUCCUUCUACUCGUCAGUUGUCAAGAGCUGUUUUGUGCAGUGCAUCAGACACCAGUACGUCCAAACAUAAUAUCUAGAUCACAAUGGGGAGCCAAAGCACCGAAAUCGACCAUACGAAAUCUUGCAGUCGAUCCACCGCCAUUUAUUAUAAUCCAUCAUUCGGCUACCGAUGGUUGCACGACUCAAGCGAUUUGCCAGGCCAGGAUAAGAAGUUUUCAGAAUCAUCACAUGAACGAAAAUAACUGGGCAGACAUAGGAUACCAGUUUUUGGUUGGAGAGGACGGAAAUAUUUAUGAGGGAAGAGGAUGGGGCAAACAUGGUGCACAUUCGACGCCUUACAACUCGAAGAGCAUUGGAAUUUGCAUGAUUGGCAAUUUCGUUGGUCAUAAUCCAAAUGAAGCGGCGAUAAAAGCAGUUAAGGAUUUAAUCACAUACGGUGUGGCUAUUGGAAAAAUACAAGAGAAUUAUAAGUUGCUUGGCCAUCGACAAGUAUCGCAAACGUCUUGUCCAGGUGACAAUCUCUACAAUCUGAUUAAAACAUGGCCUAACUGGACGUCGAUCGAAUAAUUAUACUUCAUUCUAGACAAAUGUUUGUCCGUAUUGCGUUAUUCCUUCGAAUAAAAUCAAAUCUUGCUUUUACCCUAACAUCUCG